AUGGAUAAAUCUUGGAUUGGAAAGCCACAGAACACAGCUGAAUAUGAACAUGGUUUGAAUGAAUUUUUAGAUUUUGCAUUUCAGAAUUCGGCUGCUGGAGAUACAAUAAGAUGUCCAUGUCCUAUAUGUGGUUUUAGCAAGUGGAAAAUUAGAGAUAUAGUGUACGAUCAUUUGAUUUGUAAGCCAUUCCCACAAAAUUAUGUUCUUUGGGAUCAAAUGAGGGGCAUCGAGAGGAGCCUAGUGACUUUCAUAAUUUUCUCAAAGAUGGAAAUGAAACAUUGUAUGAAGGUCUUGUGUGGAUUAAGUGACAAGGCAUUGUCUAUGAUACUGGAUUUGCUGAGAGAUGCGUUUGAAAAUGCAAAAUUCCCUCCUUCCUUUUACGAGGCCAAAAAAAUCAUUAACAAACUUGGUCUUGACUACACCAAGAUACCGGCAUGUCCAAAUAAUUGUAUGUUAUAUUGGGAUGGUGAUUUAGAAUUGGAAGCAUGUAAGUAUUGUGGUACAUCUAAAUGGGACCCUACGAAGAAGAAAAAGCAAGCUGCAAAGAUUUUGCGUUAUUUUCCACUAAAACCAAGGUUGCAAAGAUUAUAUAUGUGUCGUAAGACUGCAGAGCACAUGAGAUGGCAUGUUUCGGGUAGUAACAGAGAUGGGUUGAUAAGGCAUCCACGGGAUGGUGAGGCCUGGAAGACAUUUGAUCUGACACACUCUGAAUUUGCUUCAGAUCCUCGAAAUGUUCGCUUAGGCCUUGCUAGUGAUGGUUUUAAUCCUUUUGGAACAAUGAGUUCUACCUAUAGUAUUUGGCCAGUUUUCUUGAUUCCGUACAACCUUCCUCCUUGGAUUUGUAUGAAGCACACAUCCUUCAUCCUAUCAAUGAUCAUUCCAGGAAAGCAGAUGCCUGGAAAUAAUAUUGAUGUGUACUUACAACCCCUCGUAAAGGAAUUACGUGAGCUAUGGGAUGAUGGUGUGGAAACUUUUGAUUCAUCAUCUAAUGAAGCUUUUAGAAUGCGAGCAGCUCUUAUGUGGACAAUUAGUGACUUUCCUGGGUUAGGUAUCCUAUCUGGCUGGAACACACAUACCGGUUUUGCUUGCCCAACUUGUAACUUUGACUCAGAACCUUGUCGUCUUCGUCACAGUAAAAAGUGGUGCUUUAUGGGUCAUCGCCGCUUCCUAAAAAGAAAUCAUAGAUUUAGAUUGAAUCGAGUUCUCUUUAAUGGAAGCACAGAGGAACGAGAUCCACCAAUAAAAUUAUUAGGAUCUGAUAUUUUGCGUCAAAUAGAAGAAGGGAGAGGAGCAGCUUUGGAUGGCAGAGGGAAAAGACCGAGACGAGCAACUAAGCAAUGGAAUAAGAGAAGUAUAUUAUUUGAACUUCCAUAUUGGGAGACUAACUUGUUGCGUCAUAAUCUAGAUUUUAUGCAUAUUGAAAAAAAUGUAUGCGACAAUAUUUUAUAUACACUGCUUCAUGACAGAUCAAAAUCAAAAGAUCAUAUUAAUGCCCGAAAGGAUCUAAGAGAAAUGGGAAUAAGGCGCGAUCUUUGGCCGGAUGAUGAUGGAACAUAUCGUCUUGCUGUAUUUUCGCUUACGCGUGAUAAUAAGCGUGAUACCAACAAGUUAUUUCUUACAACUUUGAAGAAUGUUGUAGUACCAGAUGGCUACUCGAGUAAUAUUUCUAGAUGUAUUGAUUUGGUACAAAGAAAGAUUUUUGGGUUGAAAGUCAUGACUGUCAUAUUAUCAUUGAGCAAUUGCUACCAUUAG